AUGCCGAUCCAGACACAGUUGACCGAAGCGCUGGGCCUGCGCGCGCCCCUCGUCAUGGGUGGCAUGCAGUAUGUGGGAAAGCCCGCACUUGCUGCUGCUGUGAGCAAUGCUGGCGGCCUUGGUGUAAUUACAGCGCUUACGCAGCCGUCGCCUGAAGCGCUGAAAGAUGCGAUCAACGAGGCCAACAGCCUGCUGGACCCUGCCAUUGUCGCGGAGCGUCCCAAGUACGGCGCGAUCGGUGUCAACAUUACGCUGCUUCCUGCUAUAAUGCCGCCGGACUACGGGGCAUACGUACGCGCGGCAAUCGAUGCCGGUGUGCGCAUCUUUGAGACGGCCGGCAAUAACCCCGGCGACAUUAUCAAAAUGGCCAAAGACGCCGGUGCGUACGUAAUCCACAAAUGCACAAGCGUGCGCCAUGGGAAGACUGCGGUGCGACUCGGUGCAGACAUGCUCAGCAUCGACGGUUUCGAGUGUGCGGGCCACCCCGGCGAGGACGACGUGGGUGGUUUGAUCCUGUUGGCAAUCGCUGCCGAGCAGCUAAGUGUUCCUUUCAUUGCAUCUGGCGGGAUUGCGAACGGACAAGGACUUGCCGCUGUACUCAUGCUCGGUGCACAAGGUGCGAAUAUGGGCACGCGCUUUAUGGCGACUAAAGAGAGCGACAUCCACGACAACAUCAAGCAAGUGAUUUUGCAAUCUGGCGAGCGCGACACGGUUCACAUUUUGCGUACGCUGCACAAUACCGCGCGUGUGUUCAAGAACAGCGUCACGAAAGAGAUUGUGCAAAAAGAGGACCGCGGCGUCGACUUCCAGGAAAUCCUGCCGCUUGUCGCCGGCACGCGCGGACGCAAAGUGUACGAAUUAGGCGACCCCGAUGCGGGCGUGUGGACUGCGGGCCUUACCGUGGCGCUGAUCCAUGAUAUCCCAACGUGCAAAGAGCUCGUCGGUCGUAUGCUAGCCGAUGCAGAGUCUCAGAUCUGCGGCAUGGCGGCAAAAAUAUCGCCAAAGCCGCAUUUGUAG